AUGGAUCUCUUCAACUCGCCCGCCUUUUCCGCCCGCGCAGAGGCCCUCAUCAAGAAAUUCCACGUCCCCGGCCUCGCCAUCGCCCUCGUCCACAAAGAUGUCACCGCCUCCAAAACAUUCGGCAUGGCUUCCCUCGAGCCACCGAGACCAAUGACCACUGAUACCUUGUUUGACAUUGCUUCGGCGUCCAAGUCUCUCACCGCGGCGUCCGUUGCACUACUGGUUGCCGACGACAAGUUUCCCGACGUCAAGUAUGAUGCUGAGAUGGCUAAACUGCUACCGGGCGAGUUUGUCAUGCCUGGGGAGGGGUAUGAAGGCGUUACUGUCGAUGAUAUACUGAGUCAUAGGAGCGGAUUGGCGCCCAAUGAUAACUCGUAUCUCGGCCCUAGAGCGAAGAAUACAGAUAGUGCGCAGUCUAUCACGCGAAAUUUACGGAAUCUAGGGACUGCAGCUCCCAUAAGGGCCAAGUUCAUGUACUGCAACAUGAUGUAUACCGUGGCAACCUAUCUCGUGGAGCAAAAGACUGGCAUCAGCUUCGCCGAUUUUCUUGACCAACAUUUCUUUCAGCCUCUGGGCAUGACUUCGAGUAACUUGCAGCCGGAGCGGGCUCGUGCCAAGGGCCUGGGAGAUCGUAUUAGCCCUGGAUACUGGUGGGAUAGAAAGGCCAAGCAGUAUUCCACCUUUGUCAUCCCCGACGCACCGGAGGCUCAAGGUGCAGGUUCAAUCAUCACCAGUGUGGACGACUACGUCAAGUAUGUCCGGGCCAUAAUGAACAAAGAGGGCCCAUUUACAGAGGAUGUGUACAAGGGAAUCAUCAGACCGCGGUCCAUCAUAAGUCAAAACUACGACAAGCUGCUCCCCUUUACAUCUCCGUUACUGUAUGCCGCUGGCUGGGAAGUCCAUCAUUACCGAGGCUACUUGGUCGUCGCUCACCAUGGAGGCAUCGCCGGAUCCUCCACAAUCCACUUCUUCGUACCCAAUCUCAAUUUCGGCGGCGCAAUGUUUGGAAACUCUGACGACGCAAGCUUCGUCGCCGAGGUCCUAAUGCAGGAACUCAUCGACGAGCUUCUGGGUUUACCCCAAGACCAACGACUUACCUGGGACAAAGUCCUUUACGAAAAGAACACGGGCAAAAAGUACGACGAGUACGACACCAACGCCAACGAAGACGCCGAAACCGAGGCCGAAGAGCUAGAAGCAGAGCGCCAGAAGCUGUGCCCCGGCAUCAAAGAGUCAGAACCGCAAAAGAUGCCGCUGACUGCGUACACGGGCGAGUACUGGAACCCUGGAUGGCGAGGCGUCGUGGUUCAGGUCAAGGAUGGGGAGCUGUUCAUCGAUUGCUCGGAUCGGUCGUAUGUAUUUACGGUGAAGUUGCAGCACGUGUGCGAGCAGACGAAAUAUGUUGCCGUCAUGAGGGAAGUGGUGGGAGGCGUUGGGACGGCGAUGAGGGCCGAGUUUCGGUUUGAGAAUGACGUUGCUGUUAAGAUUGGGAUUAUGUUUGAAGAAGAACUGGAUGAUUAUAUUUGGUUCGACAGGAGUCGGAAUCUCCCUCCUGCUGCUGCUGUUCUUGUUCGACUUGAGGUUGGGAUGGUUGCCGACUCCGCUGGCUCUGUUGACUCGUCUGGCUCUGCUGACUCUGCUGACUCUGCCGACUCUGCUGGCUGUGCUGACUCUGUUGGCUGUGCUGGCUGUGCUGGCUGUGCUGGCCCCAUGUCUGCUGUCCUUGUUGAGAUUCGAGGUCGACUUGAGAUUGGGGUGGUUGCUGGCUCAGAUGGCUCUGCUGGCCCCAUGUCUGCUGCAGCUGUUCUUUUUGAGAUUCGAAGUCGACUUGAGGUUGGAGUGGUUGCUAGCUCUACUGGCCCCACGUCUGCCGCGGUUGAUCCCACGUCUGCUGCUGCUGACCCCAUGUCUGGCUCUGCUGAUCCCAUCUCUGCUGCAGCUGUCUUUGCUGAGAUUCGAGGUCGACUUGAUAUUGGAGUGGUUGCUGGCUCUGCUGACUCCAUGUCUGCUAUACCUGGGUCUGUUGGAGCUGGAGCUGGAGUUGUUGGACUUGUUGGACCUGGGUCUGUUGGAGCUGAUGUUGGACUUGCUGGAGCUCGAAUUGGGAUUUGUGGACUUGCUUGA